AUGGAUACUAACUCAGCAGCACCCUCGCUACUUAUUGCUGCUCAUUGUUUAACAAUACGACGCAAGACGCAACGAAUUGGCAUACAGGAAUUAUCAUCUAUGUUAGAUGAUCUAUUUCGUGAAUUAUAUUUCAAACCAUCGGACUCUACCGCCUAUCUAAAUUCGUUGAAUGAAAUAGUUCAUGCAUUUAUUUCAAAUUCCGUACCCACAUUAGUAUCUCUUUCUUCGCAUUAUUUUUUUAUUCUCGUGCGUAAUGCUGUACAGAGUCUUUUACAAAAAGUAUGCUCAGCAUCGCAACUAAACUUAGAAGAAACAUCUGUUUUACGUAAUUGUAUUAUAUUACUGGAAAAUUUAGUGAAAAAAACUAAUGAUCUAUCAAGAAUUUUACCUUGGAUUACGGAUGAAACAUUUGUUAAAAUAGUAUCACAGAGUUUAUAUCAUAUCAAUAAAAUAUCAGUAGUUAAUAAUAAUAAACACUUGAUCAAACAAAUAACACGUUUAUUAAAUAUGUUUACUGGUAUACAAAAACGUCUACCUUGGAGUUCACAUCGAGAUUUAUUUGUUCCAUUACUUCAACCAAUUAUUAAUUGUUUGACAUCCUCGACUUAUUUACAAUUAUUUCGAGAUUUAAAACCGAAUUCAACUUUAUUGUCCACAAUACAAAAAUUCUAUCUGAUCAAGUGUCCUCAUUUUCUUGAAAGUUAUAAUGGCCCAAAUGUUGAAAAAACUAUUGAAGAAGUCCUACACAUAAUGAUACCACGUUAUGUCUUAAUACUUGAUAAACAUACAAAAACAAUUAAAGAAUGGCAACGUCCGAUGAUGCGUUCAAUUCGUUAUCUUCUUACAACUCUUGUUUUUGCCGAAGGUUGCUUUACAUCACAUCUAAAUAAACAAUCACUGCAGUCAUUGAUUGAUCAUCUUUUACGUAUUUCUAAAGAGCUUACACCAAGUCAAAAUAUCAACAAAAGUCCAAAAGCUCAAGAAACAAUAUUAAUUGAUGCUGUUCUUGCAGUGUUUAUUUUAUUUAUCUAUGAAUCCGAUGCGCUUGAUUACAUUAAAAAAUGUAAACCAGUCAAAAUUUUUCAAAAAUUAAUAUCAACAUCUUGUGAAACUACGCUUCUAAAUGCUUGUAUGAUGCUUGCAUAUACAAUGGAUGAAAAUGAUAUCAAUGGAUCGCACAUGGAUUUAUCUCAAUUGACUGUAACAAUUCUUAAUUUACUACAUAAAGCAGUUGAACCAAGUAAACAAACGAAUUCGCCAGAUGAACUAACUGCAGAAAAUAUCGAUAGAGAUAAAAUACAACUUGUCGAAAUAUUAAAAGGUUUGGUAAAACAUGAAAAAAUUAAGAAGGAAAUAUUAAAACAAAAAGCACUACGAUUUUUGAUUGAAUGUAGUCAAAAAUUUAAUGGAUUAGCAAAACAAUUUCUGCUUGAAUGCAUUUGGACAUUAUCGUUUGAUCAACAGGCAGCUCAACAAAUGCGUCAAAAUUCAGAUUUUAUUUCAGAAUUGAAAAAUAUUCCGAUUUCGACUGUUAGCGAUAAUCAAGAAAAUAAUCUUCGAUUUUGUAAUAGUUUUAGUCGUCGUCGAAAUAGCACUGUGCUUCCAUCGAAUGAAGUAGUCAAUGAUGGAAUACAUAAAAUGGCGGAUGGACUUCUUUGGAAUCUGGUCAAAAGAUCUGAAUUUCAAGAAAAAAUACAACAAUCAAACGGAGAAAUAAAAAAUAUUUAUAAUCAAAAAUAUAAAUACGAUAUAAUGAUUUCAUAUUGCCAUGAUGAUAAAGAUAUGGUUAAUAAAAUUCAACAAUUUCUUGCUGAUGAAGAUUUUAAAAUAUUUUGUGAACUCAACAAUCCUCAGGGACAAACUAUGGAAACUCAAGCUGAAGCAGUAACUAAUUCAGCAUUGACUAUUCUCUGCAUAUCGAAUUCAUAUAAACAACAUAAUCAAUGUCAAGCUUUAGCAGAAUAUGCACUUAAUUCUAAACGAGCCAUUCUUCCCAUAAUCGUACGUAAAGGAAAUAAAAUUGAUGGAUGGUUGAAUUCGAUCGUUGGCAAAAAUACGCCUAUUGACUUCACUACAUCGGAUUUCAAGAUCGCUUCUUCAUUAAUGGCUGAAUUAAUUAAUCAACAUACGAAGAAGAACCUGUCCGAUGUUAAAGUCAACGCAAUGACACCGACCAAUAUUGGACAAACUAAUCCAUCUUCGACGCCUCUGUUUUUCGAUCGACAACAACAAAAAACAUACGAAUACAUCAUUUCAAGACCAACAACACCUGGUAGUAAAUCUGUGGUAGUAGAUAGGGUACCAAAAGUCUCCAUGCAUUCUAAUUCAAUGCCAACUGCACCUGGAAUGGUACCCGUUGUGUCCAUAGUUUCCUUAGCAAACCCGAGUGAUCAGAUAGUUUUACCUGAAGAAUUUGUCAGACGCGACACACGGGAUUCAACAUAUCGUACUGUACUAAUAACUAAUUGGAAAAGAAAAGAUAUUCUUGAUUUUUUCUUUGAUUCAAAUCUUCAUAUAAUGAUACCAAUAUGUGAAUCAAUGACAGGUCGAGCCUUGCUUAGGUUCUUUCAAAUGUGUCAAGACAAACCUAGCCGUCUUUAUAGUCAAAUUAAUGAAGAACUACGUGCUCGCUUUAAAAGUGUAACUUUACCGAUGAGUGUUUACACGCGCUUUCUUAUUGAAGUAGAUAAUUUACUUGAGUCAAUAUCCGAAACAUAUCCUAUAUUAUCUCGUCCAUUAUCGAGUCAACUCCGACAACUCUCAUAUACACCUGAUAAGCGCCAACCAACUCCAUCACAGAUGCAAUCUAAUUCUAUGCCAUUGGGAAGCUCUACUGUAACACCUAGUCGAGUCCAGACGUUUACACCUGUUCAAUUCACACAAGAACCAGAAAUAUCUCGCACUCCUCAAGUUGUUGAACGAACUAUUUUUCAACCCGUAACUGAUGUCGAUGAACCGUAUAAUUUCAUUGUUGAAUCUACUGAGGAACCUGUAGCAAUUCUCAAACAAGUUGAACGUUACGCAUCUCAAUUACUUUUCCUUGAACAAAAAGCGCUUGAACAACGUCUUACGAACGGUUUUCAUUAA